AUGGAGCCUCGUCGACCGUCAUUCUGUGCGUUGGCAGCCUGGCCUACGAGCGCUUUGUCAAGCUUCUGCAAGCGGACGGAGGGUCUUUGCAUAUGCACCUCAACUUUGCUUCUGUGGACCAUUGAUUGACAGCACCAUCCUUCACCCAAGCUAAAGCAGUCCUAGAUGUUGUCAUUGCCACCAGCUUAGGCAUCCAAGCGGUCCCCAUCUUGAGCACACUCUCAAGUUCAUUUCCACUUGCGGAUGCAGCACACCUCUUGGACAUUCAUCUGGGCUCCAUCCAGCAAAUGUUUGCUGCCGCAGCAUACCUCUCCGCUGGCAUCCCUCCAACCAGCUUGCGUAACCUUGUCGAUGGCUUUCAGGAGGGUGGUGGUGCUGGAGAUGCGUUCCAAGUCACCUCGGAUGAGCAUCCCCGCAUCACCCUUCCUGCUCGAGGUGGCCGUGCCUUUUCGCUGUAUUGUGAUCCCAUCUUCUCCAAUCAGCUGGCAGGCCAAUCUGCUUGCCUGUCCUUCAAGAUGGGCACACCAAGGCUCAAGGAUGCGCAGGCCAACGCCCAGAUUGCCUUUGAGGAUGCCAGCACUGUGGACUCGCUUGAAGAUGUCUUUGUUGUGGCGCAAGCUGGCAACAGGACCAUUGCGUAUGAGCGCCUGCUGGAGACCAUCAGCAGCGGGCUCAUUGAACCAAUUUUCCAUCUCUGGCAACUUGGGAUGAUUGGAAAUGCUUCUCUUCUUUGGCUACAUCACUUUCAGGCGCUGCAAUCAACCCUCCUGUGUUCCUUGCUUGCAGAUCCUAAGUGUGUCCGCGCGCUUAUCCACUUUGGCAUGAUCACAGCAUGUGAGGUGCAAGCAGCGCAUGGAGAAGGAGCAGAUCAUGGUGCUGCAAGCCAAGCUGGACAAGUUCAAGCACAACCUUGCCAAGGAUGAGUCCCAGAUCACCCAUUAGAAGGAUACCUUGCCAAGUAUGAGUCCCAGGCCACCCAUCAGAAGGACAAACCAAAAGGGGACAUCAAGUACCUGAAGCGCGAGCUGCGCAAGAAGGCGGGACAGGUUGAUGCGCUCCAAGACACUCUGUGCAAAGCGAAGCAAAUCAAGAUGUAAGCUGCUUGGCUUGACGAAGUGGAGCGGUGGGAGUGUCUGAGUGCCAAAUGGGCAUGUCACAGCAUGAGCAGAGUGCAUCCAACAAAACAUCACGGUCUUGUCGUGCCUCAUUCCCACCUCUCCAAACCGCUCUCUGCGCAACGAGUGUAAGACUUGUGACUCGUUGACUUCUCGAUCAAUUGUGGUGGCAGCAUGCAUGCACACUCAUCAAAUGCCAUUGGCAAGCAGAGAUAGCAGGCCGAUAGAGGCUCGCAACUAUGCCUGGCUGCUUCAGCGGUGUGCGAGACUUGCACGCAGCAUGCAUGCCAAACUCAACGGUUCCUUUGCAUAUCUUGCAUGCCUCUGCCAGCAGUCAUCACGAGUGCCAGCAAAGUAUGAGCCUACGAUUGGCUCAGCUUGACUCGCGCCUCGUACAUAAGCGUACAAUUUUCCUCCAUACCUCCAUCCACCCCUUCUUUGAGACCCUCUUCCAACCAAAUUUCCUCCCAAGCUCUUUUGCAAGAUGCCGACCCACCCUCACAAGUCCAAAGCGCAUCGCAAACGCAACCCCAAGGCAAUCUUUGAUCAGUAGUCUGAGUAGUUGGAGCUUGGGCAACAACUGUCUUGGCAAGGGGCAUCAAGGAGCUGGAGGCGGAAUUGCGAGAUUGCAAGAGGCGCAUUGCCAAAACCAAAGAGCGCACAAUUGAAGCGCUGGUCAAGGAGAGCACGUUCGAAGAGCUCGCAAAUGCCAGUAUGCAAGCGCAAUGCGUUGUGGCGGCGCUUCAGGGCCAGAUGAAAGAGUGGCAGAAUGCAUACCAGCGCUCGGUAAUGGCAAGAACAGACGAGCUGAGAGAGUCGAGCAAGAAGCACAAUGAUGCGAUGGAGAAGGAGCGCCAGGAGCCCGAGGAGGCCGAGCGAAAGUGGUCAUCGGACCUAGAUGCCGCCAAUGCAGAGGUCAGCAACGCCAAGAAUCAGCUUGCUGACCAAACCCGUCUGUGCGGUAUGGCAGAAUCCAGCAUCACCCAGCUAAAGACGAGAGGAGAGGAGCUGACCAAGCAGCUGAAUGGGUUGAAAAGGUUGUUGAAGGGGGGGGGAGCGACGCAAAAAGGCGGCCCUUCAGCGCUACGACGAGUGCAACCAGGAGCGCCGCAACCUCGCAAGGGCCAGUGA